GAAAGCGGAAGUGCUUGGCGCCCGGGUUGCCGUGACAGCGGAAGACUCGGGGCGCCGGAGGGCGGCUGUGGGGGGAGAAGGGCCUCCGCGUCAGCCACCGGGAGCGCUCAGCCUCGUUGCCGAGCCCUCGGUUUUCCUCCGAACCGCCGUCAACCCUGCUUGCUGGGGCGCCCGCGCCGGAGGUUUCUCCUGCUCGACGCCAUGGAGCCCGCCGGUGCUCUGACGGACAUGUACGACCAGGCGCUGCUGGGCAUUUUGCAGCAUGUGGGCAACGUCCAGGAGUUCCUGAACAUCCUCUUCGGCUUUCUAUAUCGCAAAACCGACUUUUACCGUCUCCUGCUGCAGCCGACGGACCGGCUGGGUUUUCCUCCAGGUGUGGCGAAGAGCAUGACCCUGCGGGCCUUCAAAAACUUUGAAUAUCUGGCCCGCCAAGAUGAUGAGAGAAGACAGCAAGAACAUGAGGAAAAAAUGAAGAAAAGAGAGGAGGAUGUUGCAGCUGCAGGAGAGAGAAUGUCUGUGCCUGUUGUCGCUGAAGAGGUUGAGGUCAACUCUGUAGUAGAGCACGAUUCUGCUGGCAGUAGAGGAGAAUCACAGGAGCCUGUGGCAGUAGAGGAGAAAACAGAAGCGCAAGCACAAGCCACCAGUGCAGCAGCAGAACUACCAGUGGCAGUUCCUGCUCCCAUAGAAAAUCAGCCAGCAGAACUGCCCAGGAAACAGGAGCAAUUCCAGGCUAAUCCUGACAGUUACAAUGGAGCAAUGCGGGAGAAUUACGCCUGGUCUCAAGACUACAGUGACCUGGAGAUUAAAGUCCUGGUGCCCAAGCACAUUGUGAAAGGCAGGCAGGUUUCUGUGGACAUUGGCAGCAGUUCAAUUAGAGUAGCAGUACAGGAAGGAAAUGGGCAUCGUGUGCUCAUGGAAGGCACCCUUACACACAAGAUCAACACAGAAAACUCUGUCUGGAGUCUUGACCCAGGGAAAUGUAUCCUAAUUAACCUGAACAAAGUUGGUGAAUACUGGUGGAGUGCAAUCUUGGAAGGAGAAGAGCAGAUUGACAUUGGCAAGAUCAAUAAAGAGCGUUCGAUGGCUACAGUGGAUGAAGAAGAGCAUGCUGUGCUGGAUAGACUUUCCUUUGAUUACCAUCAGAAACUGCAAGGCAAGCCACAGAGUCAUGAGAUGAAAGUCCAUGAGAUGCUCAAGAAGGGCUGGGAUGCUGAAGGUUCCCCAUUCCGAGGCCAGAAGUUUGAUCCUUCCAUGUUCAACAUUUCUCCAGGGGCAGUGCACUUUUGAUGAUAAUCGUGAGACUGGAAGAAUCCCCUCCAUGCCUGAGAUGAAACUGAUGCCACUGCUGGUUCCUUUCUCUCUCUCUCUUCUCCUACCAGUGACAUUAUGGAGCCACGCAUUGUAUAUUUUGGCUUGUUUUGUAAAACGACAGGCUUUUUUAAAAUGGCCAGUUGUGUAGAUUUGAUUUUGUGGAAGGGACGGAAAGAGUAAAUUGAAAUGUGAGCAUGAGUGAGUCGGUCCGUCCUUCCAGCACCAGGUUGGUGCAUUUGAUAUGUUUGUGGGGGAAGCCUGGCAAAAGGAGCAUUACGUACUGUGUCACCACGGCAACCAGCAGCUGCUGGUAGCGUUUCUUCUUCUCUCUAGUUAAUAGAUUCAUUUGCUGAUGAUGGUUAUGAGGGAGGUUGUUUGAAGCCAGUUUUCUCCGUCUCCCCCAUCUUCAAAAUAGAUGUAAUUUGGUGAAAUGCUAAUGGCUUCUUUCAUUUAUUAUUUGAAGCUCCCUUCCAUUUCCACCACCACCACCAAAUUUCACCUUUAAGAAAGCUGAUUUCACAACAUCAUUGUUCUCCACCAGCUUUUGCUUGUUGUUGUUUUUUACUCAAAUGUUCUUGCCAAAAGACAUCUAUGCCCUUCUCUUAUUCCCCAUGACAUGCAAAAUAUAUUUCAUGUAUAUCUUAUCUUUAAAAAAAAACAGAUGGCAGUGGUUGAGGCGAUUGGCUGGGAGGUGCAAAUCUUGGUUCAUAUAUGUUAUGAGCCUGGGAAAAAAAUCCAUUCCCCAAGCAACUUUUUGCCUUUGAAGGGAAACUGCCGUUGGUGCCAUUAGUUGCUUUCCUCCAGGGGGCAAUGCCAUUGUUUCUUUGCAUGUUCAGUCCUGGUCACCACCUUCUUCUGGCUUAAAAAAAAGCUACGUAGGUCAUGGUUCUUUAGCGUAUAUUCGGCUCCUAACAUUGGUCCACCAAUACUAUGUAUGUUGUAAAAAUUGCUUACCUUCUCUGUACAAUAGUGAGGAGGAAUAUUUGGCCCUUUUAUUAUCAUACUAGGGUUAUGAGAAUCAAAAUGUGUUUUGCAGUUUUUUAAAGUUCAAUUUCUUGAAUCCUUCCAGCUGUUACCAACUGGAUAUUUCUGUUCUAUUACAUCAGCUGUUAAAUGGCAAAAAUUGGGCAAAAAUUGAAGCUCUUGAUUUUGGAUAAACAAAUCUGGCAUUCCUUGCACCUACAAAAAGGUUGAAAGCAAGCUGAAGAAAUGAUCUCUAGUACAAGUUUUCAGCUGCAAGUCUCUAACUACAAACAGCUUUGAAGAAAUGUGAUCAUGAUAGUCCAAUAGGGAAGAUGACAUGUAUUUGACUGUCACCUUAAAAUCCUAGGGAAUAGAGAAUAGCUAGGAGUCUCCUCCCACCUCCUUCCCAUCACUGUCAUUCACUCCGUGUAUGAUGUAACAUAGCAGAUUGCACACAGGUUAAAAAACAGGAUGAACUUGAUGUUUAAGGACAUGAAAACUGGUAUCUGAAGAGAGUGAGGGUGAAAUUGCACUAAACUUGUUAUAGCUCAGAUUAUUUUUAUUGACUUUAGUGGUAUUGGAAAAUAAUGAGAAUUUAGAUUGCACAAAAGGAAUUUUCUGUGCAACCAAGCUUACACCCUCCCUUCAGUACAAGUUAGUUUAUCAUUUCCAUCCUUUUUUACCCUGCCUGAACAAAAUGUUAACAUGCACAGACUGAAUUCGCCCAAAUAGUGGGCAUCUUAUGCGUGUGGAUGGCAGUUUAUUGAUUUGUUGGUUGGUUUGGUUUUGGUUUUGAUUUUUAUGUACUGACCAGCUUCAUUGUUGGGAAGAAGUCCACUGAUUCCUUUCCCACUUUUUAAGCAAUAUGGUUUGCUGUUUUUCUUCACUUACUGGAAUAUUGGAAUAAUAAACACUGGUAUUGUC